AUGACGGCGGUGUACAACAUCAUCAGUGCACUCGACAAUGGUGGCAAUAUUCAGGAGACCAUGACCAUUGACAAUGAAAAAAACACCGCCAUCAUCAACGUCCACGCAGGCUCCUGCUCCUCCACCACGAUCUUCGACUACAAACAUGGCUACAUUGCUUCCAGGCUGCUGUCCCGAAGGGCCUGCUACAUCCUGAAAAUGAACCAUAAAGCCAUCCCUGCUUUGGACCAACUCAAACGGUACAUCUACGAGAGGAAGGCUCUGAACACCAUGUUCUCCAACAAAUACACAUGGGUCAAGUACAAUCCUCUGGAGUCUCUGAUCACAGAUGUGAACUGGUUCCUGUUUGGGUCCCCCAUUGAGCAGCUCUGCAAACACAUUCCCUUGUACAAGGGGGAAGUGGUUGAAAAGACACAGGAAGUUGGCGCUGGAGGCUGCGCCAAGGCCGGGCUCCUGGGCAUCUUGGGAAUUUCCAUCUGCGCUGAUGUUCACGUGUAA